AACAUCCGUAUCUCCAGAUGAGAAUGUGCCUAUCUGUCUGCGUGCGUGAAUAAUGCAUACAUGCCUACCUCCCUAGGUAUCUGAGGAUAAGCAAGCAAGCACCUGCCGUCUCGUCGAGGUUUGCCUCGAGGGUAUUUAAGUCACCAUCAUAGGUGGCAAUCUCCAACGAACCUUUCCACAUCCUCGCAAGGUAUCCCACCAGGCAUCGAUAUAAAUAUUAAUAUAUAUCCCAUCGGCUCUUUGUCCCUCUACACAUCUCGGCAUACUCAUCUCCUCGCACUCAUCCUGAGCAAGCUAUAGCUACGAAAGCCUGCGGCCAAGCCAACCAAAAAAAAAAAGAAGCAAAAUGCCUUCCGUCAAGUCCCUCCUCCUGCUGCCGCUGGCGGCGCUCGCGCGCCUGUCGGCCGGCUACAUCACGCACGUAACCGCGCCGGCCGAGGCCGUGGCCGCGGGCGCCAACGUGAGGGCGACGCUGACGGCGGCUAUCUACAUCCAGAACUGGGAUGACUUCGGCAUCGUGUGGGGGCUGCGGCCGGCCGGCACGCCCAGCUGCGGGAGCGUGGUCUGCGUCGGCCGCCGCAUCGCCUACACCCCGCUCUACCCCGACCACGUGCCCCAGCCCGGCUCCUUCGACAUCGACGUCCUCAUCCCCCCUGAGACCGCCCCCGGCGAGUACGACCUCGUCGCCGCCAUCCCCUACCUCGUCGGUGCCUCCGGAGUCACCGCCAUCCAAACGUACAACGUGAGCGUCCGCGUCGAGGCGCCGUAAGCCGCGUCGGCAAGCGGCCCAGGGUUGCUGCAUACUAGUCCGCGACGAGUGAAAGAGGGGGUUCCAACUGUACAGAGGGCUGCGUGGCAUACAUGUGGCACGACAUAGCAACGACAGUGGCGCACAUGGGGGUAAUAAUGGGAUCGCCGGUACAGCUUUGAGGGGUAGACAGUAGACGGUUCAGGGAUCACGUCCCC